AUGGCAGACACCAGCACCCCCGCGUCGCAGUCCAAACACCACCACCCGUACUUUACGCCCUCCGAAGUCGACCGGCUGUCCGAAAAGCAGCGCGGGAAGCUGUCCGUGACGCAGGAGGAGCGCUCCCGGCAGCAGGCGUGCAGCUUCAUCGAGGCCAUCGGCGCAAAGAUCGGUUUCCCUCGAAAGACGAUCGCCACCGCGCAGAACCUCUACCACCGCUUCCACCUCUUCUUCCCUCGCAAAGACUUUAGCUACCAUGAUGUCUCCCUCGCCGCGCUCUACGUCUCCACCAAGAUGCACGACACCCUCAAGAAGCCCCGCGAGCUCCUCAUGGUCUCCUACGCCGUCCGCUUCCCCGAGCUCGCAGCAAAGUCGCGCUCCCUCGGCGGCGAAGUCGACAUGGACCCCAACACCGUGGAGAACGACCGACAACGCCUCCUCGCCGUCGAGCGCCUCAUCCUCGAGAUGAUCUGCUUCAACUUCACCUCGCGCCUCCCCUUCCCGUACGUCAUCAAGAUCGGCCGCGCGCUGCGCGCCACCAAGAAGCUCACCAAGCUCGCGUGGCGCCUCGCCGUCGACAGCCACCGAACACCCGUGACGCUCUCCUACCCCGCACACGAGAUCGCUCUCGGGUGCCUCUACCUCGCCGCGCUGCUCUCGUCGUUCGAGCAGGGCAUGUCCUCCCCCGCCUUCCGCGCCGCCGACGUCGACACCAGCAACGGCAAGGUGGAGUCCAACACCCCGCAGCAGAUCGUCGACAUCCUCGGCAACCACGGGGACUGGGAGCACCGCUUCCAGGCGCGCGUCGAGGACAUCGAAGAAAUCGCCCACCAGACGAUCGACCUCCUCCUCUCGCACGCGCAGAACCCGCUCCCCUCCACGCCCUCGCCCUCCUCGCCCUCCCCGCACCUCCCCACCCCUUCCUCCCGGCACACGCAGCAGCAGCCGCUCCCGCCCGCGCCGUACAAGCACGACCAGCUGAUGCGCCUGAAGAUCCACAUGCGCGAGACGGAGCACCCGCCGCGGCCCAGGCCGAGGGGGGCGGGCGCGGAGGGCGAGGUCGCGCUGCUGGGGCGGAAUGAGGGGACCGUCAGGUUUUUGUUCGGGCCGGGUGGGGGGCGCUGA